AUGAUGAGGCAUAAUAAUCUUCAGCAGCACGCGAGGCGUAUUCUCGCUAACAGCAGCAGAACUCGAUUCUUCCAUACUCUGGAGAGUCGGAUCGAGUCGGCGGUAUCUCAGAAAGCAGAUAUCAGUACGGUGCUUGAGCAAUGGCGACAAAAACAAGGGAAUCACCUGAACCCUUCAUUGGUGAGAGUAACCGUCGAGAAGCUUCGCGAAUCCCAGCGUUUUCGCCAUGCCUUGGAGGUAUCAGACUGGAUGGUUGAGCAAAAGAUCUGCCAUCUCGUCCCGGAAGAUUUCGCAGCUCGAUUUCAUCUGAUCGAGAACGUUUUAGGUUUAGAAGAAGCAGAGAAGUUCUUCGAGAGCGUCCCGGAGAACCUGAGAGGCUAA